CCACCAACCAUUCUUUCUCACGCUCACGCUUCGUUACCAAAACCCAUCAGAGAAGAAACCAACGGUUACAAUGAAAGCCCAAGCCCUGUGCUUUUACCUUUUCACCCUUCUCGUCCUUCCCCUGUUGGCCUCCGCCGUCGGCGGCCGAGGUGCUCUCGUUGGCGGGUGGCAGCCGAUAAAGAACGUCAACGACCCGCACGUGAAGGAGAUCGGUGAGUUCGCUGUGGCAGAGUACAACAAGUCGUCCAAGGCCGCCCUGAAGUUCGUGGGCGUGGUCAAGGGCGAGACCCAGGUCGUCGCCGGAACGAACUACCGGUUCGACUUGGAGGCCAAGGACGGGUCCGUGACCAAACACUACGAGGCUGUUGUGUGGGAGAAGCCAUGGGAGAAUUUCAGGAACCUCACCUCGUUUAAGCAGAUUAAGGACACUCACACCCGGCCCUAAGUUUAUUUUGGUUAGCCUGAAUAUAAAUUUGGAUGAAGAUUAGCUGCAUCCGUAGAUGUUUUGGAGUGGGUGAUUUUGUGUGUUUCCUGUAAUGUUAACGCCGGUAUUUGUUUGUUUAAUGGAUUUGGAGAAUUAAUUAAUUAAUUAAGUUUAAGAAGUUAUCAAAGCUUUUUAUUAAUUGUCA